AUGCCGUCGCAACUGUGGGAUCUGGCUCGGGCGCUGGACAACAAGGUGCUGCUGCUCUACUUCGGCUCCGGGCAGUGCCCGCGGUGCCGGCGGUUCUCCCGGCUCCUCAGGGAUUUCUUCCUGCGGUUGACCGAUGAGUUUUACGUGGAACGGGCGUCGCAGCUGGGGUUGGUGUACGUGUCCCGGGACGAGACGGAGGAGCAGCAGAGCGCUUUCCUGAGGACCAUGCCCAAGCGCUGGCUGGCCGUGCCCUUCGGAGAUGCCUUCAAGAGGGAGCUGGAGCUGCGCUUUGCCGUGACCGAGGUGCCGGCGGUGGUGGUGCUGAAGCCGAACGGGGAGGUGAUCGUCGGAAACGCCGUGGAAGAGAUCCAGCGCGCGGGGCCCGCUUGCUUCCGCAGCUGGCAGGAGGCUGCCGAGCUGGGCGACCGCAACUUUCUCUUGGCAGAGGAUUAUGACAACUGGACUGGGAGAAGCCUCACCGACCGCAUCCGCUGCCUCAAGUACAAGCUGGACAAGAAGAAGGAGGCGAAGAACAAGGAGAGGAAAGAGGAGGGUGAGGAGUCGUCUUAG